AGAGAUGUGAAUGGUGCCAAUAGGAUUGGUCGGCUGCUGAGCUACAGUAAGGCUGCAAAAUUGACAGUGGAAUAGUGUUUUCGUUUUUGAUAUCCUUGAUAUAAAUUGCUGUUUUGAUACAUUUGUGGUGCGGUGGUUUCAAAAUACCAGCAACUGUAGCAGCAAAGAAGAGAUGUCAGAAGCAUGACAAUCUCAUUCUGGAUCAUCCCCAACUCAAAGUUUUUGCUAUAUUUAUUUUUGCUGUGUCUGGCUGAGACACUGGGUCUUGAAGAUGAAUGCCCCUUGAAGCUGGCAGACAGCUGUAUUGUUAAUUUGCAUGGCAAAUCUGGAGAUGGCUAUUACACGGAGAUUGUUAUCGGAACUCCUCCUCAGAAGCUGAAGGUUCUGAUUGACACAGGCAGCAGUAAUGUUGCCAUUGCAGCAGCACCCAGCCCACAGAUCUCCAUGUUCUACAAUAAAUCCAUGUCGACCACACUGCGACCACUGCACGUGUCCGUGGACGUGCCCUACUCACAGGGCUCCUGGCGCGGUGAGCUGGUCAGCGACGUGGUGCGGCUGCCAGAGACGAAUGCGCCCACCGUCCGCUGUGACGUGGCCCUCAUCCAGCGCUCCACAAAUUUCUACAUCAACGGCUCCGAGUGGCAGGGUAUCGUGGGCCUGGCGUACCGUCAGCUGGCGCUGCCCAACUCGUCAGUGACCACGUGGCCGGAGGCGGCCCAGCAGGCGCUGCUGGGUCGGCUCAACACCAUCUCUGUGGUGCUGUGCGGCCCUCAGCCGCGCACCGGGCGACACCACGGCUAUAUAGAGUUCGGUGAAACGCGUGCCGAGCUGCUGGCCGGCCAGUUUCGGUCGGCCGCCAUCUUUCGGCCGUGGUUCUUUGAGACGAUCGUCACAAACCUGACGGUGGGUGGCCUGCCGCUGCCGCUGCACUGUGAUCGCUUCAACAAACCAAAGACGAUCGUAGAUACCGGCACCACCAAUCUGCGGCUUCCGGAUGAGGUGUUCCGGGAGGUGGUGUCGCGUCUGCAGCAGGCGGCGCCGCUCGCCGAGCCGGCACACCCGUUCUGGACGGGCAAGGGUCGGCUGUGUGCGCCGGCGUUCAACGACAGCGCCCUCUGGGACCGUCUACCGAACAUCACCCUGUCGCUGCAGACGGACCCCACGUCGGCGUUCGACGUCACCAUCACUGCACGGAGCUAUCUACGGCAGGUGUUUGACGACGGCAGCGGGGACGAUGAAGGACACCGCUGCUUCACACUGGGGAUCGACUCCUCCAACAUCGGCACCGUACUGGGUGUGGUGGUGCUGGAGGGUCUGUACGUGCGGUUCAACCUGGUGAAGAAGGCGGUGGAGCUGGCGCCGUCGGUGUGCGGCCCGGAGGUCAUACUCAGCGAGCCCUACACCACCGCAGACAGCGGCGAGUGCGCGUACAAGGCCAGCUCGGCCUACAACCGGACCGUUCACAUCGCCAUGUAUGUUCUCGGAGGUAUGCUGGUGCUGAUCUGCGUGCCGCUCCUGAUGGCCUCUCUGAGCUGUCUACGCUCCCGGCCCUGGAGGCGGCCGCCCGGCCGGGACAACUUUAGCCUGCUGGUCGACUUCCCCGAGUGACUGCCGAGUGCCGGCCGCUGUCUGAGCUGAUCUGAGCAGGUCGGGCGACGUCGACCUCCGUGUCGUGCCAAAAGUAGGUCCGGAGAACGGAACAUCCCUCAGUGCCGGCCGGGGACUGAGGGGAGGAGGGUAGUUUGGGUGUUGGGGGCUAGCUCGGAGACAGAGAGUCGCAGAAAGACUCUAGUGUUGGGAUUAGCCGAAUGGGGGAUGGGGAGUCAGGAUGAGCCGAGCCUGGGGGGGGGGGGGGGUUGAGUCUGAGUCAGCCAAGUGGUUCUUUUGAGGUCGGCGACUCGCCAUAGCUCCCACACAAGUCCGAGCGCACUCGUGUGUAGAGAAAUGCUAGUCCUUUGUAGUUCUUUGAUGGAUGAGUGAGCGCGGUGGACUGAUAAUAACUUUCAUAACAGUGUGGUAAGCUGUGUUUCAUAUGCUUUUGAACUAUUGUGCCGUAUGUUUUGUUUGUCCUGUCAUUCAUCGGGUAUUCGAGUCAUCAUCAUUGUGAUGCGUUUGAACUGUUUAUCAGUAUCAUUCUUUGGGGACCGGUGCUUGUAGUUCGACUGGUUGUUUAUUCGUUUAAUAACCCGUAAUUUCACGAUGAAGUUGAAAACCUAGCCGCCUUUGGAGACCGUUAAAACGUGUUAGUGCACACUGUCUACCGACGGGCGUAUGCCCGUGGUAUUGUGCUCUAUAUGAGUGCACUAUGCCCGCUGAUGUAACUCCUGACAAUGCCGUCAGACCGUGUGUCCAUAUUCCGAGUCUAGUCGGGUCCCGGCGUCGGCCCCCACGUCAGCGGAAUGUACGGCGUCGUAGCGGCACGAGUGUAGGCCACUGGCCACGGUAUCCCACCUGUCUAGCACACGUGGGAUUGAGUUUACGGGGUUAUACUCUCGUGCGAUAUAAUUUUGUUCACUCAUCGAUGGUCAGUCAAGAGGAGUAGUGAGUGUUAUGAUGUCGAGUUCAGUGAGUUGUGCGAAGUUUGGUUGGAUGCUUUACCCUCCCGAUUUGCUGUGAAGCACUAGGGUAACUGCUUGGGGUACGAGUGGCAAUGGGUGCUCCACGGGACUCCUGUAGCUCCGGUGUCUCUGGUGAUACGAAUGUGAUUGUUGCGUGUGUAAUCAGUCAGAACGAUUAGCCCUUAUUUGUUGUCAUGGUGUGGAGAUACAGAGGCCCACAAUUCUGAGAGAUAGCUAGUGUCGACUAACGUCCUAAAACGAGUCAGUGAUAUAUGGUAGUCGCCGCUGCUAACUAUUGUCGAAAAAAUAUGUAUGGUAGAGGGGACCCGUCCUGCUCUGCGGUAAACCAGAGCCUAGCUGCCGGAGUCUGAGACUCGACUGGAUGCAGGUGGCAAUGAGGAGUCAGUCGGGAAGGCUCGCAGCACUGCGCCCAGCCCGUGUGCCAUCUAUCCCAGGAGUGACAUGGAGUACGAUGUAAUACACAAAUUCAGGAA